UAUUGGCGGGCGAGCAAAGGGGUUGCGCGCGCGGUGAAGGAGUUGGGUGCGUUGAAAACUGAGCAGGUUGUUCCUCCCCCCUUUUCCUCCCGCCCCUUGUCUUCCUUCUUUCCUCCCUCCCACCCUCCUCCUCCUCCUCCUCUUUGUUGGCGGUUACAUCUCUCGCUGUCUCCUGGGAGGGCGGCGACAAGAGCCCGAGUCUGGCGAUGCCCGAGUUCCUGGAAGAUCCGUCGGUGCUCACCAAGGAGAAGCUGAAGAGCGAGCUGAUCGCCAACAAUGUGAGUCUUCCAGGCGGAGAGCAGCGCAAGGACGUGUAUGUGCAGCUCUACCUUCAGCACCUCACCGCCCGCAACACGCCCGGAGCCCUCGCGCAGCCGGACUUCUCCAGCGACGAGGAGCGAGAGCCCACCCCGGUCGCCGCCAGGAGCAGAAUUGGUGGCGAUGGCGGCGUUGUUGCUGUCUCCGUGGGUCGGAAAGCAACAAAGAAAACAGACAAACCGAGGCCAGAAGAGCAGGAUGAUAUCAAUAUAACUGAACUUAGUAAUGAAGAACUCAAAGAUCAACUUCUGAGAUAUGGUGUGAAUCCAGGACCUAUCGUGGCUACUACAAGGAAGCUCUAUGAGAAGAAACUACUGAAAUUGAAAGAACAGGGCCAAGACUUAAGUUCUUUCAUACCUACACCAACAGUUUCUUCAUCUGCAGAGAACAACAAGCAGAAUGGAAACAAUGACUCUGAUCAAUACAGUGACAACGAAGAAGAUCCUAAAACAGAGUUCAAGCUUGAGAAGCGAGAACCACUGAAGGGCAAGACAAAGACUUCAGUAACAGUCAAACAAAGAAGAAUUGCUGAAUAUAAUCAGAAUUAUUCUCAGGAUGGAGUUACUGAGACAUUCUGGAGAAGUGGAUCUUCAAAAAGUGGACUUCUGCAGGCAGUUUCUAGGGAAUCUGCAAGAGUUUCAAGAAGAACACCAAGGAAAAGGGUUGAAACUGCAGUACCGUUACCUGUACAUGAUGCAGUAAUAUCAAAGAGUACUCCUAUAGCUGAUACUGUAGUGGCUUCAAGCAACAAGACCCCACAGGUUGUCAAUAGGGUGCCUGGAAAUGUCAAGCAUGCAGAUCCUAUACUGUCAAUCAGUGACUUCUCAGAGUUGCCCAGAAGAACACCAAAGAAACCAUUGAUGUCAGCUGAAGUGAUGGAGAAAACUUCUACAGAGGAAAGAAGAGUAGAAAGAGAUAUUCUUAAAGAAAUGUUCCCUUAUGAAGUAUCAACACCUACAGGAAUUAGUGCCAGCUGCCGCAGACCAAUCAAGGGAGCUGCUGGUCGACCUAUAGAGCUAAGUAACUUCCGACUGGAGGAAACCUAUUCAUCAAAAUAUAUCCCCAAAUAUGUUGCCUCAGCAGAUCUCAACCCAGAGAAACCAGCAAUUAAAAAACGCUCCAUUCCUAUGUGGAUAAAAAUCCUGCUCUUUGUUCUUGUUUCAGUCUUCUUAUUUUUGGUCUAUCAGUCUAUGGAAACCAACCAAGGAAACCCAUUCUCCCAAGUUCCUAGUAGUAACUCUGAGAAAACAACAGAUUGAGUGUUUGUUUGUAUGGCACACACAACUUGGUCUCCUAUUUUACUGUAGAGAUGUUUUCAUCCUUCCUCAUCUAUUCAGCGAUUGCAUACAGAUAAUAGCCGCAUCAGAAAUUGAAAAAUGAAAUAAACAAGACUGUAUAAGUGGACAUCGCUAACUUUUUUCAGAAUUAGGAGAUCACUUUGUGCCAUAAUUAAUAUUUUUAGAUCUCUCUGGAAUUUCUUGUAGGAUUUAUUUUUUUAAUGUGGACAUCAUUACGUUCAUUUGCGAUUGUAUAUUUGUUUUUGCAAGCUCAGAAGGGCAAAAGUGAUAGUAGAAUGUGAAGAUGUGUUUAAAUGUUUUUACUUCAUACUAAAAAGAUAAUGUACUGAAAAUUUCUCUACAUUGCCUAUUGUUUCUAGGGGUGGGAAGUGCUAAGAUGAUAAAGGGAAAUGCAUUUUUGAAUGCAUUUUGCUGAAACUGUGCAGCUAAAUUUAGUGUAUUGUAGUUUUAAUGGAAAAUCCAACUUUUUUCUGUAGAAUACUGUAACAUUUUAAUAAAUAAAUGUAAACCUAUUGUA